ACUCUGCAUUGUAGGUGCUAAUGUGGAUGUGCGUAAAGGUGAACGCAGGAAUGAGGGGAGCGUUCCUCUGAUUGUGGAUACAUGUGUGCACGUAUAGGGGCAGGAUGGUUAUUUAUACAUGUGUCGCGUGUGAAGUAAACAAGAAUUUAUUAAGCGCCUACUAUGUGCUAAGCAUCAGAGAUACGAGGAAAAGCAAAAACAAUCCCUGCUCUCAAAGCGCUCGCGCGAGUGUGUAUUCACAUAAAGACUUGGGAAUGGGUAUGGGGAAGAAUACUAGAAUCAAAUCAGAACUGGAAAGGGCAUUAGAGCUCUAUCUUCUAAUUCUACCAAGGAGAAAACUGAGGCCCAGAAACAGGAAGUGAAAAAUCAAAUAACCAGCUCCACAAGCUUUUAUUAAGCACCUGUUUAUGUUCCAGGCACAGUGUUAGGUGCUGGGGAAACAAAUGCAGAAAUGAAAGUCUCAACUUUCGGGAGCUCAAAACGUGAAAUUUCGGAAACAGUACUGGUUUGAGAGGCUGUAGGUGGAGAAUUCUUGUUUCUGUCUUUGGGUCUAGGUCUCUAGCAAAAAACAAAAGAAAAAAAAACACACCUAUGCAUGGGGUAGGCACCUAAUAGUGUCUACAAAUCUUAGUGCCAUUUUAAGCUGUAAUAGCUUAAUUUAGUGGCUAAUAGUUGUAAAACUCUAGCGUGGAUUUAAAGCGGCACUAAGAUAACACCCUGUAUUCGUUGAUUUGGAAUCCAUCUACCCACACCUUCCCUAGCUGUGUGAUCCAGUGUACGAUUCAAGACGUUCUGCCUCAGUUUUCUCGUCUGUAAAAUGGGAAUAACGACACUUGCACUUCCUACUUCACAGGCUUGGCUUUAAAAAAAAACUUUAAAGAAUUAUAUAUAUAUUUUUUCAACCAGCAAAAAUCUGCCUUCGGAAUAAGAGUUCCUCUCCAACGCAUUGAGCACAAAACCUCUCACCCAAGGUUGCAGUAAAGAGAUAGGUGUUUCAGGUCUACGAGGCCGUGGAGUGGGAGGGGGAUUCGUGCGUGUGCGUGUGCGGCAGGUGCCCCGCCCCCGGGCCGCGGAGAGGAACCCGACGGGCUCUGUUUCUGCAGGGGAGGCAUUUGGGCGUCGGGUCAACUCCGCACAAAGAUGGCUGACGGCCCUGGGCACGAGCGGAAGGGGAGUGAUUCCAUUUCCGGGAGCAAGCUUCCGCGGGGCGGAAGGGGGUCGUUCGCGUGUGUCUCCGUCUUUUCCAGUCCUUAUUAGCUACGGCUGCCCAUGAGCAAGCUGUGGAGACGCGGAGGCGCCUCCGGGGCCGCCGAGGGGUCGGAACCCGGGGAAGAGCUGGAACUGAGUGGCCACGGCCACGGUGGCCACAAGAAGAAGCAUAAGAAGCACAAGAAGAAACACAAGAAGAAGCAGCAUCAGGAGGAAGGACCGGGCCCCCCCCUCCCCAGCACUGCCUCUGGCCCUGCCCAAGCUCCAGCCCAGCUUAAGCUCAGGAUCAAGCUGGGAGGACAGGUCUUGGGUACCAAAAGCGUCCCCACCUUCACUGUGAUCCCUGAGGAGCCCCGGUCCCCUUCUCCCCUCAUGGUUGUGGACAAUGAAGAAGAGCCGAUGGAAGGAGUCCCCAUUGAGCAGUACCGAGCCUGGCUGGAUGAAGACAGUAACCUGUCCCCUUCCCCUCUUGGGGAAUUGGCUGGAGGCUUGGGAGGCCGAGAAGAUGAAGAAGAGCAGCGCUGGUUAGACGCCCUGGAGAAGGGGGAGCUGGACGACAACGGGGACCUGAAGAAAGAAAUCAACGAGCGACUGCUCACAGCCCGACAGAGAGCCCUGCUGCAGAAGGCCCGCAGCCAACCCUCGCCCAUGCUCGCCCUGCCGGCGGCCGCGGGCGCGCCGGCGCUCACCGAGGAGAUGCUGAUGAAGCGGGAAGAGCGGGCCCGGAAGAGGCGCCUGCAGGCCGCCCGCCGGGCCGAGGAGCACAAGAACCAGACCAUCGAGAGGCUCACCAAGACGGCAGCCCCCAGCAGCCGUGGCGGCCGAGGAGGCGCGCGUGGGGAGCGCCGCGGGGGCCGGCCGCCUGCCGCCACGCCCAUGGUCCGCUACAGCAGUGGGGCCCGCGGCGCCACCCUGUCCUUCCCCGUGGGCGUACCCACGCCGGCCCCCGCCUCGCCGCCCCCUUCGCCGCCGGGCCCUCGCCCCCGCUGCUCCGUUCCGGGCUGUCCCCACCCGCGGCGCUACGCCUGCUCGCGCACGGGCCAGCCGCUCUGCAGCCUGCAGUGCUACCGCAUCAACCUGCAGCUGCUGCUCGGGCUGCCCGAGGGCGCCGGGGCUGCCCCGUCAGGCCCCCUAGUGGCCACGUGAGGACUCCCGCCCUUCCCGCUCCCUUCCCCCUGCGACCCGGCUUCUCCGUCCUCCCCCGACAUCCGCCUCGGGCUCCCCUUUUCCCCACCUCCUGCCCAUGUUGAAGAGGGAAGCUCAGCCAAUCCUUCGAUACUGCUCUCCGAAAAAGCGGCCUUCUCUUGAGGCUCAGAACGUUAGUUGGUGGACUUGGUUCCCACGAGGCGGGACUAAUGCCUCCCAUUGGUUGUUGGUGCUGCCGAUCAUAGUCUUUGGGCUAUUGCUUCUUCACCCUUUGUUUCUGGGCUCCUGUUGUCUGGGUGAAUGGUGGAGACGCAGCAGCGCAUUGGUCUCCGGAAGUGCUUUAGAAAGCUGUUCCCAUUGGUCGAGCCUCAAGAAGCAGCCCUUGAUUGGUGGCGAUCUGACGCAACUCCGUUGCUGAUUGGCUGAGAGGCUCCGAGGCUCGGCAGCUGUGAGUCCGGGUAGCGAUGGCGGCGGUAGCAGCUAUGGUCUGGACCGGGACUAUGGUGGUUGCGGCCCGGAAAGCAGUGGCAGGCUGGCCGGCGGAGGAGGUGGCAGUUCCCUACCCGGGCCUGUAGGCAGCAGCAUGGAGCGGGCCGGUCCGGGGAACGGCAGCCACGAAACUUGGGGGGCUCUCCGGGUGCGACAGGUAUCGUGAAACUAAUGUCUGCUGUCGCGACAGGCCAGUAACUUGUCGCGACAGGCGAUCCCGUCAUCUUCCACCUGACUCCUUGCUGGAACUGAGGUUACCCGGAAGUACCUUUUUCUUUGCUCAUUGGGAAACACGUUUGGUGUCGCGAUAGGUGUGGCCCAUCUAGCUUCUGUGUAUGUCUUUGUAACCCAAUUGGUGUCAGGGCACAGGGGAGGGUGAUGGGCAUUUCUUGGGGAGGUGGGAGGCAGACAUCUAGCCUGGGGGACUCAGCCCAGUCAUCUUCGGGGGCUCGUGCGGCCUGCUCAGGCUCGCGGCAGGAGGUGGAGGGAACUCAAUGUUGCGCGGGGGCGGGGAUGUGUGUCUCUCUGGAGUUAGGAAGUGGCCUUUCGACCUCCCCUGGUAGGAGUGAGCUCCCCGUCCCUGGCUGUGAUACUACCGACGCUGGAGCUCCUCCCUCUUGUUGACACGAAGCUCACUUAUUGAGGCUUUCACUGCUGGACAGCUCUAAUAAUUAAAAGUUCUGUACUUACGUCCAAGGAAA